AUGGUUGGUUCAAUAUUUCGUCUCGAGAUUCGUCGAGAUGAGCCAUUCGAUGAUACAAGAAUAUGUGUGGUUCGAAUGAAAUUAUGUGGUGAUGAUAACAAUGAUCUGAAAGAAUUGUAUGAUCACAUAAAGAACGAAGACGAACGUAGAGAAGAAACGAAUCGUAUGACUCUUAACACAGCGAUAUGGAGGAUGGACAAAUUUGAUCUUGCCGAAAAGUACUUUCGUAGAUGUCUAAGUGAACUUCCAUCGAAUGAUCCUUUACUUUCUGAAUUGUAUCAACGUCUCGGCCUGGUUGCUGACUCGAAAGGUGAGUAUGAUAGUAGCCUCGAAUGGUAG